AUAAUUAGGAUGGACAAGCUUAAGAAUAAAAUCUGUUUAUACCAUAUGAAAAUUUAACUUAAGGCAUGGUCGGAUUUACGGAAAUUUUACAAAAAUACAUGAGAAUGUGAUGUAUUUGUAAAACAACCAGUAAUAAGGAAUAAUGGCAAUCUAUUCACCCUGGCUUGAUAAAUCAUUUUAUGUCAGUAUCCUCCAGUCAGAUGAGGAUGCAAGAGGAGGUCACAGUCCUGUGUAUGUCAUCAGCUGCAAAGUUCAGCCUGCUGUGGAUAGCAGUUGCCACUACAUGAGUACCAUAGAGAGGGUGCUGGUAGAGUAUUGUGUUAGUAGCAACAAUAACAUCAAGACUCGGUCCUUUCUUAUAAAAGCACCUUUAGCAAAUAGCAAUAUCAAUGAAAGUAUUCUGAUAGACAAUGAAAUCCUCAUGUAUGAUGAGAUCAUUCCAAAAAUACUGGAAAUCGCCCAGUUGGAAGUGGCACCUAAAAGGUACAUUUCUCCCCUGACCGAAGUUUUAGUGAUGGAUGAUUUAAAAGAGGCGGUUACAUGAUGUGUGACUCCAUUAAGAGAUUAGACUAUAAGCAUGCAAAAGCAGUUUUGGUCACGUUGGCCAAGUUUCAUGCAGCCUCGGUAGCUAUCAAACGUGACCAUCCUGAAGCUAUAGAGCGAAAUGGUGUUGAAACCGUGUAUACACACGAUCCUAGAUACGCUGAGAGAUUCAAACCUCGAAUACUGAUGAGGUUGUACGGCCUGGCAAAAGUGUUGCAAACGAUAAAAGGAUGUGAAAAGUUUGGUGAUAUUCUGAUUGGUGCCGAAGAAGUUUUUUGGGAUCUGAUCGCAGAAACGUUUAAGCCCAACAGUAAACUCAAUGUUCUCAACCAUGGAGAUUUUUGGACAAAUAACAUGUUGUUUAAAUACGACAGUGCAGGGUUCAUUAGUGAUGUUAAGCUGAUUGACUAUCAGAUGCGGAGAUAUUGCAGCCCAGCUAUUGACUUGCUCUAUUUGUUCUUCACCAGUGCCGACGAUGGAGUGCGGAUGAGGAUGUAUGAACUGUUGGAGAUGUAUCGUCACACACUCAACAGUUCUCUUGCUGAGCUAGGGUGUCCACAGCGCCUGUCCAGGAAUGAUCUGAAAGAGGAUAUCUCCAAGUGUAGUCCUCUAAUCUUACUGAUUUGCCUCUACCUUCCUGUUAUAUUUCCUGACCCAGACAAUCAUUUUGAUGUGAGCAAGGUUGAAGCCUCCGAGGAGAGUAUGACCAGUUUAGAUUUUGAUGUCAAUCCAAUUUUGCUUCCUUUCAAAAACAAAUAUUUUAGAAUGGCUCUCCCGGAAAUGUGCAAGGAACUUGAGACAAUGAAAAUUUUUAAGAUUCUCAUGAGAAAUAAGAAACAUAAGAAGAAACACUAGCAAUAGGUGCAUUACUGCAAAUGUUGUUGAGUUAUUUUUUGUAAAUAGUAUAUUAUUUACAGGUAAUUUUAGUUAACAAUGUUGUAAAAAUAAUGCAAUGAGUUAAUAAGCACUCUUUAAUAGUUUAACUUAUAGAAGUGAAACACUGGAUUUCAACAUGGGACUAAAGAUGUUACUUUUUGUUCUCCUUCAUUUGAUUAUAUGUUACUACGCUCUGUAAUAUGCCAGUCUAGUACUUGUAGAACGUAGUAAAUAUUCAUAUUUAUUUACUAAAAACAAAAUUAUUUGCUUCUACGACUCACACAAACAACUAUAAAAGAUUUUCUUUAUACUAUAUAAAAAUGCAACUGUCACUAAGUACUGAAUACCUUUUUACAUUUAAUAAGUGCACAUGUAAAAAUAUACGAGUACAAUAGCUUUUUUUAACA